AUCCAUUUCUCGUCUCCUGGGAUCCACUUCAGUUCGAGCAAAUGGAGCUUUAGGUCACUUCUUAUCAACGCUGCUUCUCCUCGCAAUCGCUACUCUUCACUUGCUCUUAGACCCUUCAACAAGUUUCCAUUGUCUCCUUUUUUGAUGUGGCAGUGAAGGCGUUGAGAUGCAGGUGCAAAAUGAUGAAGGACAAAUUUGCGACGUUCAAAGGGAGAUUGGACGAUUGGGAAUGGGUGUCAAAU